CCGCGCUCCGAUUGGUGGACUUUGUGGUGCCACUCAACGCCAGGAAACCACUAGCCCGCCUCUGCCAGCAGCGUUUUCUCUUACUGGAAUCUUCUGUCACAUCAUGAUGAGGAUUGUGCCUGCUGGAUUUGGACAGCCUGGUUCAAGCCCAUUUAUAAAGUUUCUAUCUCCUUGGAUUGCUAUGAGGAUUGAAUACUGAGACCUAACCCAUGCAAAGACAUUUUUGAGGUAUCUGACACAUAAUAGAUGAGACACUGAGGCCUAAGGAGGUGAAGCUUCAAACACCCCCAAGCAGCAUGAGGCCUGUGUCCCAGCCACCUGGGAUGCCUGAAAUUGCUGGUACAGGAGACUGAGCCCUCCAGGCCACGUGAGCACCGGACAUCAAAGCCACCCAAGACUGCCUAGGCCUCAGAGUCACUCCCUGCACACCUCCCUCCGGAAGUCACACCUGCUGUUCGUUACCGCCCAUGACUGCGUGGAGUGAGAGCCAGACUGUCCUGUGCCCUGCCACACAGCAGGAGUAUGGUCACAGGCAGAAUGGCUGACGCUGAGAGGAGCCGCGGGUGACUCUGGGGUGCCCAGCAGCAGCUCAUUCUCCUGGAGAUGAAGUGGCCCAGGUGAAUGCCAGGCCCAUGGCCAGCUCAGGGACAGAGGUGCACUGGGCCGGGCCGGGCCUGGGGAAGGGAUCCCAGCGGCGACGCUGGGCCUGGGCCGAGGAGGAGAAGAGUGCCGAUGGGAGUAGCGCUCAUGGCUGGGGCGGUGAGCGGCCCUUCCGGGAUGCUGCCAGCCCAGAACUCCUGGAGGACUUCCGCCUGGCCCAGCAGCAUGCACCACCCCUGCAGUGGGGCCCAGACCCGCAGGAGCUGGGGGCAUCUUCAGGAGAAGAGACUGAAGCAGAGGGUGUGGACAGCCCAGAAGACGUGGACAGCCCAGAAGAUGUGGACAGCCCUGAAGACGUGGACAGCCCAGAAGAUGUGGACAGCCCAGAAGAUGUGGACAGCCCUGAAGAUGUGGACAGCCCAGAAGGUUCUCCUCUGCCUCUCAGCUCGCCCCUCUGGCAAGACCAUCAAUCGGACGUGACCAAAAAAGAGCCACAUAUGGCCCCCACAAAUCCCAAGGUUGAAGAAACCCAAAAAAGCUCCCUAAUGUUGGGGUUGGAGGUUGACCCCAACACAAAGGACCAUGGAAGCACCAGCCCCCUGGAUGUAGGGUGGGGUCAGGCCAGAGGCUGGUUGGCCUCUAACAUAGCUGCCAAUGGAAACAAGCCUGCUGAACAUUCUGAGGUCAACCCAUCUGUGGAACUCAACUUGGCCAGGUCCUGGAGCAGUGGGACUGUGAGCCUGAGCCACCCUAGUGACAGCCUUGAUUCUACCUGGGAAGGAGAGACUGAUGUCCCUCCUGCCACUACCCUGGCAGAAAUCCUGCCACAGUACCCAAGCCCUCACCUCCUACACCCAGAUGACAGAAUCAGAGAUGGUGUUGCCCAGGAGACACCCUCAGAAUUCCAGGGCAACUCAGCUCCGCCAGCCCGGAGUCCCCAGCACGAUGCAGGUAGAUGGAGGACAGAGUCUACCAACCUGCCUAGCUCACAGCUCGAGGACCAAACCUGGAAGCGGACAAAGACAACACCUAAGCCACUGCCCUCCCGGUUCUCUGGCUCCAGCAGCCCUCUGAAUCCUCGGCCUAGGCCGGCCCCGAAAGAUAGAUUGCAGCCCAGGCGGGGGACUACUCUGGCUGGUCGCUCUUCUUCUGAUGCCCCCAAGUAUGGCCGGGGGCAGCUGAACUACCCACUCCCUGAUUUCUCCAAGGUGGGGCCCCGGGUGAGGUUCCCCAAAGAUGAGUGCUACCAACCCCCCAAGUCCAAGAGCCACAGCAGACAGCCUCAGGGCCCUGUUGGACCCCUGGUCUUCAAGUCACCGGCUGAGAUUGUUCGAGAGGUCCUGCUGAGUAAUGGAGAAGUGUCCCUGGCCAAGGACACACCCAUGACCCGGGUGCCCCAGGAGUUCCAGACACCUGAGCAAGCCACAGAGCUGGUCCAUCAGCUCCAGGAGGACUACCACAAGCUCCUCACCAAGUAUGCUGAGGCUGAGAACACCAUCGACCAGCUGCGCCUCGGGGCCAAGAUCCACCUGUACUCAGACCCGCCCCAGCCCAGCCACAGCACCCACCUGGGGACGGUGCCCCAGGGGACCAAGGUCUUGUCCUUCACCAUUCCCCAGCCCCGCACAGCUGAGUGGAGGCCCAGCCCCGCCAGGCAGCCCCCAGCCUCCUCAGAGGCCACAGGGUGGCCAACAGCCCGAGGAGAGCUGAGCACCUCCACGCACCCCAACCUGUCCACUCCAGGGCAGCUUCCAGAGAGCAGUGCCUCCGUCCAGCCCUCCACAGAGUGGACCCACGUGCUGGCUGCUCAGGCCAGCCGGCUCCUUGCCAAGGUGGAGUCCUUCGAGGGAUUGUUGCAGGCAGGCCAGCUCACCCCCCAGGACCAACUCAAGGGCUUCCUGCAGCUGAGGGCUGCCCACGAGGCCCUGGAGGAGGAGUACCUGACAGCCUGCAGGGAGCCGCCCUCUGACUCCCAGGACUCCCAGGCAACGACACCCUGGAAAUUUGAUCCUGGCAGGGAGCUGGAGGCAGAGAUUUAUCACCUGGGAAUCCGCCUGGAAGAACUUCAGGACCACGUGGCCCGGAUGCAGCAGGAACCUGAGCCAUCAGGGGCAGAAGACGUGGCUCUGGACAGUGCCCCGGCCACACCCUUCCCCCACCUGCAGGCGCCCCUGCCUGCUCCUUCCAGACAGGCAUCUGUGUCCACGCCAGCCAUCCAGACCCCACAUCAGGAGGCCCAACCCGCCCCUGGGCCCUGCUCCCUGCAUGUGGACGGAGCGGGGAGCCCUGGCAGCAGCACGACAGAGCUCAGCCCCAGAGACCUCCCUGCCCCACUUUGGCACAAGGAGCAGCGACUAGAGCAGGACUUCCACGGCCUCCUCGAGCGGUACAUCAGUGUGAAGUCCCUCCCAGAAGCCCUGCAGGUAGAAGAGAAGGAACAGCAGGGCGAGGAGGAGGGAGAGCAGGAGGAGGAGGAGAAAGAGGAGGAGGAGGAGGAUCACCAGGUCCUUGUAGAUGCCGGGCCAGCUUCAACUUCAAGCAAAACCACCAGGGUUCCCUCAUGGCGGCACCCAGCACAGGCUGAGAGAAGUCCCAGGGCCCCUCCCCAGGAGAACAUGGAGCAGAUGGUCUCCAGGAUGCCUCCAGGCUUCCAGACAUCCCAGGCAAGACACAGGCGCUUGUCAGGCGUGGGUAGAUCUGAGGCAGCUCCUUUGGGGCCUGGUGCGCCCCCCAACUCAGCGGGCACCAAGGCCACAGCCUCUCACCAGAGCAGCCUGAGCAGCCUGGAGGGGAGCGGCCUCUCAGAGCACCUCGCACGGAAGACUCUGCAUCAGGAGCCCUGGAUGGCCUCUCCCGAGACAGACAGUGGUUUCGUGGGCUCAGAAACCAGCCGAGUGUCACCCCUCACCCAGACCCCCGAGCACCGGCUCCCCCACCUCAGCACUCCGGGAGCAUUAGCCCAGCAUGUCACCACAUCUAUUCCCCACAGCGGAGACUCCCGCUCUAGGGCCAGGGGUCCUCCUGUCCCCAGGAGAGCAGCUGGGCCCAGCACCCCCAGGCACCAAGCCCCACGGCACCUCCCCAGCACAAGCGGUCACCCCCAGCAUGGGACACCUGCCUCUCACCUGCAGCGGGCAUUGGCAGUGACAACAGGAGUCCCUGGCUCAGAGUUCCAGGGCCAAAAGCAGAUUCCUGAACAACUCUUCCCCAGGAGGACAACCAAUGCUGAGCCCACGCAGGUCCCUGGGGCUGCCUCAACACCCCCUAGACCAGCCGAGACCAGCCCCGACCUCCUCCUCACCAGAACAGAGAGAGACCAGGCCAUCCGAGAACUGCAAGCAGAGGUGUCCCGGCUCCGUGUGCGGCUAGAAGACAGCCUGCAACAGCCUCCCCGGAGCAGCACGGUGCACCCAGGAUCUGCUGUUGACCGUCCUGCCCGGACCCGGGACCGACCUGCCAGCUCUUCAGCCACCUGGGGCUCCCGUGGUAGCAGUAUAUCCACAGAGAGGUUGUCCAGGGGGCUUGAAGGUACAGAGCAGGCUUGGUCUACAGGCAGACGACGCGCCCGGUCCUCCUCUGUGCCUCGGGAGGUGCCCCGAGUGUCCCUGGAUUCGGGAUCUGAGCCUCCCUCCCCACAGCUGCCUUCUGGGAAGAUCAGGACCUCCCAGGACAGUCCCCACUCAGCUCCCACCAGCACAAGAAGAGCAAGUGGUACCAGACGCCCAGACAGGGUCUCUUUCCAGGGCCAGUACACAGGCCAGGAUUACCGGGUCCCCACCCCUCCAGCCGUCCUGAGAGGCAGCAGCUCAGCCUCCUGUGCCCACUGCCAGCCCGUUAAGACCCAGGACACAGGAGCUGCUGCCAAAGAUCCUCAGCACCUGUCGACUCCUGACCCCCUCCGAUGUCCCCUGUGUGGCCAAGUAGGGUCCCCUCCAGAGGGAGACGGCCCGAGCUCAGCCACCACCUCUGGGGCCGACAAGGCAGCCACACGGAGAGACGCGCCUCCAGCGUCCAGCCCCAGGCAGAGGAGGAGGCAGGCGGGCUCCCCAGCACGGCCACCCCCUGGACUGUGGUACCUGGCAGCUGCGCCCCCAACACCAGCUCCUCCAGCCUUUGCCUACUUCUCCUCGGUGCCUGUCAGGUCUUAUCCUCCAGCCACAGUGUACUAUGCACCUGCAGCACCUACCUCAGUCCCCAAGGCCUCCUUGCGGCCUUCCCGAGGACACCGGCACUCCCUGCAGCUGGACCUAGAUGACCUGGAGGAGCUGCACAGGGCCCUGAGCCGGGCCGUGCAGGCCGCCGAGAGCGUGCGCUCCACCAGCCGGCAGAUGCGCCGCUCGCUGUCAGCCGACCUGCGCCAGGCCCAUGGCCUGCGGGGCUCCUGCCUCUUCUGACUGCCUGGAAGCUCCCAGGCAGAGGGGAUGUGGGACCCAAGCCAGAUGUUGGCUGGGGAUGCUGACACUGGGAAGGAGCCCACAACCACCUCCCAGGAGGGACACCCACCUGCUGAAUCUAGCAUGCUCGUAGUCGAGGGGCACCAGCCUGUCACCAAGAAGGGCAGCUUCUUGGGGGCUGAGGCCAACCCAGGAGGUACUGUGACCAAGGCCGUGUCCAUCCAGAUGCAGGCUCUUGAGGAGCCCUCCUGGCCCUGCACUUGUCCCUCCUCGCUGGUAUCAUCUACUUUAUACACAGAUGGACGAAUUUUUUUGCUGGAGAAUUGUCCUGACUUCACUCUUCCUUAGAAGGCCAGAGAAGGUGGAAGGCAGGGGCUCCAGACCCAACCUGUCCUCUGCCUGCCUGUUACGAGCCACUCUGGGGCACAUGUAUCUGGGAAAGGCCUGACCAGACACCUUGCUCCUGGUGACUGGCAGGCUGAGGGACAUUGGGGACAAGUGGGUCAUCUCAGGGUGUGGUGCUGAAGGGUGACCUGUGGUUGCAAGGGGCCUUUGUCUGCUGGGAUGGAGCCAACUGGAGAGGGCCCAUGAAGCCCCCUCAGUACCUCAUCUCGAGGCCUGGGCUCUUCCCUGGCCUCAGUGCCAUUGGACUGGUAACCAGCUACCCAGAAGGCCCCACUCCUCGCUCCCCAUCCUGUGGAAGACCAGACCUCAGCAUCCUUGCAGUGUGUGUGCAUCGCAGACCUUUGGACAUUUGAGGCCUUUAAAAUCUAUUUUGUUUACAAGUGCAAAGGAAGAAUGAUCUCCCAAAUCUGCCUGCAUGAGUGUUGUGUGUGGUAGCCUGGGGUUUCUGUAGGGAGGCUAGAGGGGUGGUGGCUGUCAUGUGCCCAGCCAAGGCUUCCCUGCAGACCUGCUGCUCCGCUGGCCUCAGUUUCCCCAGCUCACCCUCUCCUCUGGGGAGAUCUGGGUGAGCCUUUUGUGCUGAGGCCAAAGAAGUUCGACACUCUGUUUAGCAAGGGGAGGAGAGACCAGUGAUCCCAAGCCCCCACAGGAGAGACCAAGACACCUGCCCCCACC